AUGAGCGACAAAAAUCAAUAUGAACUCAACUACUCGGCGCAGGACCCACCGUCCUCACAGCCUCAGACAUUGUCCGCGCCAGAGCAGAUGCUACUGCAGAGCCAAACCACUGGAUUCUGGGGUUCACACUGGACCCUUGAGAUCCUCAGUUGUCUCACUGCCGUGGCUGCGCUCGUCGGCAUCAUCGCCGUGCUGUAUGUCUUUGAUGGCCAGCUCGUCCCCGACUGGCCGUAUGGCAUCACUCUCAACGCCCUGAUUUCACUCUUGACAACGGCCAUGAAGGCGGCCAUGGCCUUUCACAUCACGGAAGCUUUGUCGCAGUUGAAAUGGUCGUGGUUCAACCGGGGGAACAAACUCAGCGAUCUGGCGCUGCUGGACUCGGCCAGUCGCGGUGCCAUCGGGGCUGGGCUGGUUCUGUUCCGCUUUAUGCCUCGCCACCUCGUCACCUUUGGAUGCUUCAUCUUUGUCGUCGCUGCGGCCAUUGCCCCGUUUGUGCAGCAGGUCAUCACCACCGAUUUACGACCGGUGCAUGCGCCCGAGCUGUCCACCAUCCAGACCUGUAACACGAGUCUGUAUACCGACUAUGACGAAGGUGCUGGGCCGGGGAUGAACAUCCUGCCGUUGACCAGCAUGGGCGCUGUGUAUACGGGCAUCUUCCAGAGCCAGAGCCCGAACAGCAACGCCGUGACGAUGGACUGCCCGACGGGGAACUGCACGUUUGCGCCGUAUCAGUCGCUGGGCGUAUGCAGCAAAUGCGCCAACAUCACCAGCCAUCUCGAGAAGAACGUGUCGCAUUCGUACAUGACGACGUACAACUACAAGCUGCCCAACAACUUCACCUUUGAGACCUCCAUCAACAUGAUGUAUCUCAUGAACGCCACGACCUCGGCGGAACUGAUCGAGCUGGAUGUCCAGGGACUGCCGUUGGCCCUCAACUUCACGGCCAUUUCGGCGGCUGGAUACGGCGUGCCUCCGCAGGUCAGCGCGACCGAAUGCGCUCUCUAUUUCUGCGUCGACACUUACAAUACGACGGUCAACAAUGGCAAGUUCAAUGAGCAACUGCUGUCGUCGGGCACCUCGGGCAACUAUUCGGCCAUGUCGAUCUUGGGGAAUGUCGGCAUGACGCCGGAUACCUGCUAUGUGAACGGCACCAAGCACGAUAAUCCGGAUGACUGCACGUACAAUGUCAACGCGUUCAGCAUCAUGGCCCUGAAGAACACCGUCAUGCCCAUGUUCAACGGCAAUGGAUCGCUGUUUGUCAGCAAUCGCCCCUCCUGGUCGCACAACACCCUCGAGUCGGCCUACGGCCUGUACGGCAACUAUACCGACAUCAACAACAUGUUCAAGUCGCUUUCAUCCGCUCUCACCACCAACGCCCGAUCGAAAGUCUGCAAAUCGACCGUCGAGGGCGUCACCUGGACGGUGCAGUCCUUUGUGCGCGUGCGAUGGCUGUGGAUGAUUCUGCCCAUUGCCAUGGUCGUGCUGAGUAUCUUCUUCCUCAUCAUCACGGUCGUCCACACCAGACACCAGUAUAUCUGGAAGUCAUCCCCGCUGGCUCUGCUCUUCUCCAAUCUCAGCGUGGAAGGACCGCAUGGCGUCCACUCCAGCCCGAAUCUGAGUGGAAUGGAAGAUGCAUCGAAGAAGAUGAAUGUGUGGCUGGAGGCAACGCCGGGGGGUGUUGUGCUCAAGGGGAUUCCCAAAUAA